GAAGCGUGUCGCUGCCAACAACCACCGGCGGACCUCCGCCACUUCCAGCCGCAAACCCAGCCUGGCCCUAUGCGACACCCCGGACGCUUUCAGGGACCUGGGCCACCUGGAGCUGAUGAGCCGGGAGCUGGACCCGACAGGCAUGGCCCAGCUCCACCGGUCCAUCUCCACCGACUCGCUCAGCUCCAUCUCCUCCAUCGCCAACAACUUCGGCCACGACUUCACUGUCGGCCAGCUGGAGGUGACGCUCGAGUUUGAGCAGUCCAGGCAUCCGGGUCAGGGGACGGGCGUGCUCCACAUCGCUCUGCACCAGGGCAAAGACCUGCUGGAGAGGGAGGAGGGAGACUUCCCCAGCUGCUUCAUCAGAGUCUCCCUGGGGCCAGAGGAGCUCAAUGUGGGAGUCACAAGGGUCCAGACGAAUGCAUUUACUGUGAUUUUUGAUGAGCACUUCUCCAUCCCCAUGGACUCGUCCUUGUUGGAGGAGUACAGCCUGCGUUGUGCCGCUUUUGGUAUUGAUGCUGACGAGAGAAACAUCAGCGCGGGAGUGGCAGAUCUCAAGCUGUCAGACCUGGACCUGACCAUCAGACCAUUCAACGCCUGGCUCUACCUUCAAGAUGUCAAUAAGGCUGUGGAUGCAGUUGGGGAGAUCCUGUUGUCUCUCAGCUAUUUGCCGACAGCAGAGCGCCUCACAGUGGUUGUGGCCAAGUGCAAGAACCUUUUGUGGACCAACAGCAAGAACACUGCAGAUCCGUUUGUCAAAGUUUAUCUCCUGCAAGAUGGCAGGAAGAUCAGCAAGAAGAAGACUUCCACCAAAAGGGACGACACAAACCCCAUCUUCAAUGAAGCUAUGAUCUUCUCUGUGCCGUCCAUCGUCCUGCAGGAACUCUCCCUGAGGGUGACAGUGGCAGAAGCCACUGAUGACGGCCGGGGCGAGAACCUGGGCCACGUGAUCAUCGGCCCAGAGGCCAGCGGGAUGGGGAUCACCCACUGGAACCAGAUGCUGGCCACUCUGAGGAAGCCUGUGUCCAUGUGGCACCCUCUGCGCAGGAUCUAACCCUCUUUGCUCUCACACACACCCGACCUGUUUCAAGUAAAACACUCGAUUCUUCAGGUUCCUUUCACCUCUCCCAGUAUUUGGUGCCAUGUUCAAAUCUGUUUGGAGUAAGAUAAGAGUUUUUGGCCCACAGAUGGAUAUUGCAUGGGGUAUGUGUCACUCUGCUGGUGAAUAACAAAUUGAAGUAAACACCUUAUCUUCAUGUAAGGGGGAGGAAUCUGAAAUGCCAGUGUUUGACUCUGAACUGGGUGUUUUUAUUGAUCCCUGGAUCAAAUAUAUGCUUAAAUCCUUUCUCUAGUAUUUGGCUUCAUUCUGGCUCGGGUGCAUUAUGGGUGAGGGUGGCAUUUAGAAAGGAGCAGUGCAUAUUCCAAACUUCACACUAAAAGUAAUUGAUGAGUUUUCAAAUGGUGUGCAUUCUAUAUCUUUACCUUGUGCUCUUGGCUUGAGAAUCUGGCUGAAUCACAAUUCUCCACCACAAUAACAGCAGAGGAGACAUGAAUAUGUGGAUACUUUUUCCCUUCUCAAAAGUCUUUUGAUGUGAAUUUUAAUUAACAAAAGGAACCCAGCCUAGGUAGGCGGAACCCCCUCUCUGCAUGGUGCCUACUCUGGUUGUAGCCUGUUAUAGCUGUCUCGAGAAUGACCGACUGGACGGCUGGGUAAAAUUGCCUCUUUUUCAGGAAAAUACUAAUUUGUCUUUUCAAACCAGUCAUUGAUUGCGCCUUCUUCAUUGAUUUUUUAGCGGUUUUAGAGCCGAAUUGAGUUAACUCUAAUGGAUUUGCUUGUGUAAUUUGUUAACAGUGAGAUUGACAAAUAAUAGAGGUUUUAGUACGUUCAGUAUUUAUUAUGCUUUUGAAGAAAAUCCAGGUACUCUUAUCCAGGUGAAAUAAUUGUAAUUUGUAGCAGUUGUUACAGGGUGGCCAGAUCAGAUGUAAUCAGCAUAUUAAUGUCAAGUUUUAUUGUUCUAUUUUUACCAUGAUUAAUGCAAUACAAGUUGCAUAAGCAUAUUUAACAGAGUAAAUGUUGUUUUCCUCUAACGUCACACCCAUGUUUUUCAUAGUAUUACAACUUAAAUAGACAUCAGACUCCAAAUUAAUUUAUAGAACACUAUAUUUAACACCAAUACAGUUGCUUAUCAAUUAAUUAUAA